CCAGAGUCCGUAAUUUAACCUUGACAACAUUUCAACUGAACGCAGAAAUGCGCUGUACUAAGUUGUUAUCGUUAUCUAUGUAGACAAAUGUUAUGGUCUCGUUUCAGUCAAUAGAUCGAUAUGAGUUCAAAGAAGUCUUGGGAACGGGUGCAUUUUCGGAAGUUCGUCUUGCAGAAGAUCAAAAAAAUCCGGGGUCAUUUGUAGCAAUCAAAUGUAUCCGCAAGAAGUUUCUAUCCAAAACACAAAAUUCUGAGUGUGCUAUUAAAGAAGCAGAGUCACGGAAGGAAUCUCUAAACAAUGAGAUAGAGGUGUUGAGGAGACUCAGACAUCCUAAUAUUGUCCAGUUAUUCGACGUCCUGGAAGAUUCAGAAUGUUACUACCUUGUGAUGGAAUUAGUCACUGGAGGUGAACUAUUUGAUCGUAUUGUUCAGAAAGGUAGUUACACUGAACGUGAUGCAAGUGCCCUUAUUCGACAAGUCUUAUUUGCUACUGAAUAUAUGCAUAGUCAAGGAGUUGUACAUCGAGAUUUAAAGCCUGAAAAUCUAUUGUACUUCAGUCCAGCUGAUGACAGUAAGAUAAUGGUUAGCGAUUUUGGCUUAUCUAAAAUAGAAAAUGAUGAGUCUAAUAUGGCUACAGCGUGUGGUACACCCGGUUAUGUGGCUCCAGAAGUGCUGAGUGUCAGUGAAGGGAAUUCAGGUUAUGGUAAAGAAGUCGAUUGUUGGGCUAUUGGAGUGAUUGCCUAUAUUCUACUUUGUGGUUACCCUCCAUUCUAUGAUGAAAAUGACCAUGAACUGUUUCGACAGAUUCGUAUGGCAGAAUAUGAAUUCGACUCACCAUAUUGGGAUAAUAUAUCAGAUUCAGCUAAAGAUUUUAUUCGUCAUUUAUUACAAAAAGAUCCUAAAAAGCGUUAUAGUUGUACACAAGCAUUGGAACAUCCAUGGAUAGCUAGUAAUACAGCACUUGAUAGAGAUCUUUAUCCAUUUGUCAGUGAACAAAUACGCAAAAACUUUUUAGCUGUAAGACGGUGGAAGAAAGCCUAUAAUGCAACUGCUGUUCUACACUUAUUACGUCGCCUUCAAUUAAACAAAAGUAAUUCAACAAUGAAAAAAUCUACAGGUUCUGCAGAUUCACUGACCAAUUUCACUUUUGAUGAUGAUAAACUUGCACAAAUCCAGCGUAAUGAUCAUGAACAAGAGAAUUUAGACAGUGCUGAUGUUGUUAUUGGUGGUGGUGGUGGUGGUGGUGCUGAAAAACAAGGUAAAAAAACACCAUCAAAACUGCAAACAUCUUGUUCCUCACCAUCAUCAUUUUCACCGACUUUGUCGACAUCAACAGCAACUGCAACAUCAACAUUGUCCUUCACGACGGUAACAGGAGUAUCAAUUCAAGAUAAUAAUACUUCAAUGAAGUCAGCUUCGUUGAACACGUUGGAAGAUAAACUUAUAACUACGAAUGAUAAUAAUAAUAAUAAUGAUAAUAGUAAUGAAAAGAGUGAUUAGAAUGACGUAAUAUAUUUUUACUUGUAAAAAGCACUGCAAGUAGAGGUUUAACAGAUCCUGUCUCAUAUUCACUCACUCACUCACUCACUCACUCACUCACUCACGCAUUCAUUCAUUCAUUCAAACAUUCAAAACGGAACAAAUACACAUUCUUUCUCACUGUGUAAAUACAAUCACUCAUAUUAUUAUUAUUAAUAGUAAACAUGGUGUGACAUCUGUUGAUUAUUCAAUGAAACUGUGUUUUCUUUUUCCUCUCAAUUUAUUGAUUGAUCACCAUUUGUUUGCCUCACUUCAUUCUUUCCCCACCACCACCACAACCAGCGCCACGACUACCGCCGCUGCUGCCGUUGUCUCCACUGUCACUUCGGCCUACUUUCUCUCUCCCACACUGACACAUAUUAUGUUUGUAUUCAUAGUCUAUAUACAUCAUUUUUUUUAUAACUGUAAAGUGAAUUUUGAAGGAUGGUGGUGGUGGUGAUCGUCGUGGUGGUGUUGGCGGAUGGAGGGAGGGAGAGAGGGAGGCAGUUAGACGGGGGAGAUACUCUCUGACUUCUGUUCCUCUCCAGCCUUCCUUUCCGUCUUUCUGUCUUUCUCUCUUUCUCUAAAUCUACUUGUCAAUUUUGCUUUUGGAUUCCUCUUGAGAAAGCAAAAACAAGAAAACAAAAACAAACCCAGAGGGAGGGGGGUAACAAAACGAAAAACAACACACAUACACACACAGAAAACAAGAAACAAAAAACACCGAUCAUUGGAAGCAUGAAAAACAUAAUAAUGAAAAGAGGGAGUGCGAAACAGGUGAAGAAGAUUCCUGCACCUCUUUCUCCUUGUUUUUGUUUUUUUUACUACAAUUUUUAGAUGCAUAAAAAUGUAUUCGAUUUGUCAUUUCCUUUCCUUUGUUUGUUUGUUUGCUUGAUUCGAUUAUAAUGUAUCUGCUGCUUUGAGCUAAUAAUAAUAAUAAUACGGCAUAGACAGAUCGGUUUCUUUGUUGAUUUGAUCGAUCACCUCCCAAUGAAAAACAAAGCAAUUCAGUACGAAAGAAAAAUACCUAUCUUGCCUAUAUAAUUAUUGUUGCUUCGUAUUCCUCCUUGUUCUUCUCUCUCUCCUCUCCUCUUCUCGCCUCCACUCCAUCUCCUGAAACGCCCCGUUUUCCUUCACUGUUUUUUACAAAGUAAGCUGUUGAGUUUGACAGAUUUAAGGCAUUUCUAUUUUCCUCUUUAGAGUUUGUUUUUGUUUUUUUUCUGCAUUUAUUUUCACUGUUUAUUGUGUAUUCUUGCUAGUUUUCCUUUCUUUGACAUUGAAUGACAAGAUGAAUACACUAUUCUUCCUUUUUUGGACUUUUUAUUCUUUCUUCUUCUUCAUAACUGUUUAUUGCUGACAACCAUCUAUUGGUUCCUUCUUUUUUUUGUUUUCCCCUAGUCGUAUUCAUUCUAUAUCGAUUUGUUUGUUUGUCUUUUUCGUUUUGUUGAGGGUUGUUUCACACAUUUUUUCAUUUUACCUGCUCAUCUCCUUGUUCUUCUUCUUUCAGUUUUAGGUUGUUUUUUUUCUAUUCUGCCUUUUUGUGAAUGAAUAAAGCUAUUUGUUUGUUUCGCUUUUAUGACAGUUGAUGGAUAAUAAUAAUGGAUAAAUUGAAAUAAUAAUAAAAUUGGAUUUAGAUGCUUAUUCAUUCCUACAAUAUCUAUCUAUUCGUUUGAUUGAGCACUAACU